ACCAAAUUCUUGAGAGCGUCAGAGUAAUGUCGGCAGCAGAAACGUGUGCUUCGUCAGCGGCGGUUUAGUGUUCGUUCGAUCGAAAUUACACAUAAUUGCACAAAAUAAUAAUUCAUAAGUACAAAUUGAUUAUUAAUACACAAUAAAAUAGUUGAGUAAAGUGCAAAUUAAAAGGAAUUGAAACGAAAAUAUUUUAUCGCUACCUCCUGCAACUGUGAUCACCCGAAAGAAAACUUCCUCACAGUUAGGUAAUGACGAGUAGUACGGGUCCCAGGAUUGUUAUCAUAGGCGCAGGCGUCUCUGGCAUUUCCUGUGCUGUACGACUGCUCAAUUAUGGUUUCCAAAAUGUACUGCUACUGGAGGCUGAACCGCGGAUUGGUGGGCGCGUGCAUACAAUACCGUUCGGCGAGAAUGUCAUAGACUUGGGCGCACAGUGGUGUCACGGUGAAAAGGACAAUAUUGUCUACGAGUUGGCCAACAGACAUAAUCUGCUCGAAACGACUGGCGAUGUCUAUGAGAAUUAUAAAUGUAUACGCUCAAAUAAGGAGGUUGUGCCCGAAAGUGUUAGCCAACGGCUGAAAGAUAUCGUCAACGAUAGUUUAGUGACGCGUCAAAUGGAAUUGCGGAACCUCAAUGGUUCAUUGGGUAGCUAUUUAACGAAUAAAUUCUAUGAGGCGCUGCGUAGACCCGAAAAUUCCGAUAUCGAUAUGGCGAUAGCUAAGGAGUUCUUUGAAAAUUAUCAAAAAUUCGAAAACUCAGUGGAAGCUUCCGACUCACUAGACGAGGUAUCCGGUCGUGGCUAUCUGGAAUAUUGGGAGUGUGAGGGUGAUAUACUGCUCAACUGGAAGGAUAAAGGAUUUAUUGAAUUCUUACGUUUGAUAACAAGAGCGCGUGAGUUGGACAAGGAACUGGGCAUGCUGGAGCAGCGUGUGUUGUUGGGCAAAAGUGUGACACAAAUUAACUGGCGCCGCAAUGACUACUGUGUGGAUGUGAAGUGUGACGAUGGUGAGCUGAUUAUUGCCGAUCACGUGAUACUCACCGUAUCGCUGGGUGUACUCAAGGAGAAGCAAAUUACACUUUUCGAGCCGAAAUUGCCUAUUGAAAAGCAGCGUGCCAUCGACGGACUGGCUUUCGGCACGGUUAAUAAGAUUUUUGUGGAAUUCCCCGAAAAGUUUUGGCCGGACGAUUGGACCGGUUUUACGAUGUUGUGGCGCGAGGAAGACAUCAGUGAAAUACGCGGUACUUCACGCGCUUGGCUGGAGGAUGUAUUCGGCUUCUACUGCGUCAGCUAUCAGCCGAAAAUUUUAAGCGGUUGGAUAAUUGGCGCCAAUGGACGUCACAUGGAAACAUUACCCGAAGAUGAAGUGCUUGACGGUUGCAUGUAUCUAUUUCGUAAAUUCUUGCAAUGGGAUAUACCCAACCCGAGCAGCUUUAGAACGUCAGCCUGGUAUACAAACGCGAACUUCCGCGGCUCGUACUCAUUUCGUUCCAUGAACACCGAAGAGAUCGGCACCAGCGCACGCGAAUUAGCGCAACCACUCGUGGUUGUCACGAGUCCGCCACUAAGUAAUGGCGGCGAAUCAAAUGCGAAUCCACUUUAUCCACAAACACGUUGUGAUAAACCGAUCGUGCAAUUCGCCGGCGAAGCGACCAGUGAUCACUACUACUCCACGGUGCAUGGCGCUGUGGACGCGGGUUGGCGCGAGGCGAAACGCUUGGCGGAUUUCUACGGCAUGCCGCGAAAUGGCAGAACGGAACCGAAAGCACAAUUAUAACAGUUUUAGGACUUUGAAUGCUAGGAGCACGUUGCUCGCGUUCAGAGUCCCGAAUAUGCAAAUUGAAAGAUAUAAAUCGACAAAUUUCCAUUACUAUCCUCAUGUUGAUAUAUAGAAAAUCGUAAUCUUCUAAAUACACUACCAGCUUAACUUCCAAACAACUCAGAAAACUAAAAAAUUCAGUCAGUAAUUAUUUAACUAUAACUCUUUUUAACGGUAAAGACACUGUUGGUCUGCGCUUAUUUUUCGAAGUUAAAGUCUUUUCAUUUCUUAGUAAAAAAUAGUUAUGGUAAAAAUGUUGCAACGCUUGGAAAACUAUUAAAUUGCUUAUGGAAUUGUUUGAAAUUGCUUUGUGAAGUGCUGUGCUUUUGCUAAGCAUACCCUCAGGCAUUCAUGCUGCCGUUUUCAGAGCGUUGCCUACUUAUUGCCUUUUUUUAUCGAUUUUAUUAUUUUUCAUUUCAUAUUCGGUUAUUAUAUUUUACUAAUUAUGGUUGCCAUGCAAUUUUAAGGAUUAUUAACAAAUAAUAUAAAUAAAAUAUAUAUUAAAAUAAAAUAAAAAAACUCAAAAAUAUAAAGCGUCAAAAUUAAUAUGCAAAAAAAAAAAAAUAAAUUAAGUCAAGACUUUUGCUAUAUUCAUAAAAAUAUAAUACAAAUUAUAUAUAUUUAUUUACGUACGUACAAUAUUGAACUCCAAACUCAAACAAUGGUUGAUAUACUAUUUAAAUAUUAAUAGAAAACACAUAAUAAAUUUUAAUGAAACAAUAUUGAGCUUGAUUGUUAAACAAUCCAUAUUCAUUUUAAAUACAGAUAAUUGUAAAGUAUAGCAAACUACCGUCACUUUUUAAUGCAUAACAAUAUUGUAAUAUUGUACAAACUUUAAUGAGCAAAUAAAUAAGUUAAAAUUAGUAAUCAGCGCUGGUGUAUAUUAUACUGGUGAAUGAAUGCGUGGAAAAUGAAAUCGUAAUUUAUAUAUUACGUCAUUAUGUACUGCUCAGACAAGUGCUAUAGGUUUAGCAUAUAUUUUAUGAGAUUAAUAAAAUGCAAUGGCAAAGCACA